AUGUCUUUUAGCCUCACGACUUCAUGCCCGAGGGCGACUGCUCGUCAGUUCCUUUCGGCCUCAAGAGCCUUUUCCACUUCGGCUCAAGCUCUUGAACAAGUCCCUCCCGAGUCUCCCUCCUAUAUCCGCUUGCCUGCACCACCCCAGUCCGAAGAGAAGAAGCUUCCCCGGGUCAGAGGUCACCUCCCCGUACCUCGAGAGAUCUUCCCUCGUAUGGAGGGUGACCGCAAGAUUCGAGCCGAUUACAUCAAGCAAACCGUUCCUAAGCCGGCCCACAAGCAAAAACCCAAGAACGAGACGCAAGAAUGGAAGCAAACAAUGGCCAACUCCCGUCGGCAGAACCUGGAAACUGGUUUGAAGGAACUUUGGGUACGAAGGAACCGUCGUGAUGCUGUUCAGAACGAGCGUGUGAGCCACAAGUUUCUCGAGAACCACCGGGCUGUUAAAGCCCCAGAGCGAGAGGACGAUCGCCUCACCCGUAGCACAGUGUUGAAGGCAGUUUUGGACACUAAGACAUACCCUGACGCUGGACGCUUCGAUCGUGCCAAAAAAAGCCGCGUCAAAGUCAAGGCCAUUGAGGAAGCUAAGCGAGAGGCUCGCCGCGAUGCGUUGAUGGAGCUCUACAUCAAUGCAUCCAACUUCAUUGUCAAUGAGAAUGAGCUCAAGGAAGAGAUCGAGACCAUAUUUGCCCAAGACUUCUUCCACAAGCAAGGCUUCGACAUCGGCCGAUAUGGUUCAGCCCAGAACACAUGGGACGUCUGGGGCAAGCCAACAUCGAUUGGCAACAUGUUGGAAACCACAACAGGAGUAUCCACCAAGAUUAUGGACUUUUACGAAACCGAGUACGACCGCUCCGUCAAGCGACAGAAGAGAAUUGCCGAAGAGUUCACUGGUGGAAAGAUGGAAUAG